AUGACGGCUCAAAUUCUGUCAAUGCAUGCAGGGCACGCGCCGGACUUUGGCAAGAUCCAGACUGAGUUCCCCCAGAAGAUGGACACCACCAGCGGCGCCGUCGAGCCGCCCACCCCCGCAUCUCCCGACCGCGACGACAACAGAGGACGCCGGCGCGAGCGCGAGGAGGCCGAUGGAGACCACAAUGGCGAGGGCAACGACGGUGGCGAGGCCACAGGCUCCUCGCGGAAGCGGAGGAGAAGCAGGAAGGGGCUGGACAAGAAGUUUGAGUGUCCGCACGAGGGCUGCGGCAAGAGCUACUCGCGAGCAGAGCAUCUCUACCGGCACCAGUUGAACCACAACCCAAAGCAAAUAUACCACUGCGACUUCCCAGACUGCCACCGAUCCUUCGUCCGACAAGACUUGUGUGCGCGGCACAAGGAGAGACAUACUGCGCGCGGCUCGCAGCUGCUGCGCAAGGACACCUUCAUGCAGAACCUCAAUCCCAUCGUGACUGCGGCCAUGGCGAACAAGAGCGGGACGGCCAACAAGUUAGGUCCCAUGAAAGACUCUCCCGUACAGCAAGGAGGCUCGCAGCGAUCGUUUGGGCUACAGUCCCCUGCGUCCGCAGUCCCAAAUGCGUCGACCCCAGGAACGCAAAUAUCGCCGCCAAAUUUCCAUUCGCCUGCAUCCAACAUGGCCAGGCAAGAUUCGCUGAAUAGGGCAGGGAGUGACGAAUCGUAUCGCGAGACCCAGCCGCCUUACGAUAUGCAGGCCCAGGGCGCUGGGAACUUUGCACCCCCACCCCGCCCUUCCAGCCUCAGCAACUUCGGAAGCGGACGGCCGCCGCUCAAUAGCUCCCCACAUCUGGGCAAUGGAAAUAAUUUCCAGCGGCCGGAAUUACGCGCGCAGACUUCGAACCUGUCGUCGUACGGUUCGAGCUCGCCAUACAACUCUGCCGCGACGCCGUCGCAGUCUUAUCCGCCGUCGGCGACGUCGGCUUCGUAUCAAGCCAAUCCCAACAGUGGGUACCAGGCACAGCAGAAUUUCCCUCCCCUAUCGUCUUUGCCGCCACCAGAAUAUCCUCAGCAAUCAGGCACCCCGGUGUCGAGGGAUCAAGAGAAUCAAUACUAUAAUGGCACCUCUGGACAAACGCCCAUGAAUGGUGUAGAAUCCACCUCCCAGAUUGACACAAGGAUGAACGGAGUGUCCGAAGCCAUGCUGGAUCAAACACCCUCCUACGCCAUUCCCAUGUUUGGCGGCGAAGGCUACAGCCGCUCGCCGUUUGCCAUGGCUGAUGACUUUGCUGCGUGGCUGUUCAAUGACUCCAACUUUGGUCCGGGCGCGUCACCGAUGGGCUACCCCGCCGGCUCUGGGAGCACGAGUUCCGCAGCUGGUGCAUCCUCGCAAAUCGGCCUUCAGGCGCCAUAUUUCAAUUACGAUCCAUCUGUAGCAGGUUAUUUCAAUAAUCCGGCACCUCCGGCGCACCCGAUGGCUGUUAACAGUAUCCUGGACACCACCCUUCCCGAAUCCGUGCUUUCCGAGGAGAAGCGCAAAGACCUGCUGGACCUAAUCAUCGGCCGCUUCAACGAGACCGACCACGCGCCGGUGAAGAAGCAAAAGGAAGACAUUCUGGAGGGCAACAAGGACGAUGACCAUCACGUUCUGAGUCUGCAUAUGAUGCAGACCUACAUCAGCUCUUAUUGGGUGCACUUCCACCCACAGCUUCCAAUUCUGCACAAGCCGACGUUCAACGCUACAUCUUGUCCGGAUCUUCUCUUGUUGUGCAUCAUGUGCCUUGGCGCAUCGUGCUUGGAGAAGAGCCAUGGACACGAAAUCACCCAAGCGUGCAGUCAGCUCUCCAAUUUCCUUGCCUGGCAUCUUCGUUGGGAGAUAUUCAUGGAUGCAGACUUUCGUCCACCGGCGAAGUUGUGGGUCUUCCAGGCCCUGCUCCUCCUCGAAGUGUUCGAGAAGAUGUACUCUACGCGGCCGCUGCACGAGCGAGCGCAUAUCCAUCAUGCCACCACUCUAACGCUGAUGCGGAGAGGUAGCUCGUUGAUCGGUAGGUCCGCCAUGGACUCGCCGCCCAGCGUCAAGGAUGCCAAGCCUAAUGGCCCUGUGAAUACCCCAGAUGAGUGGUGGAAUCAUUGGAUCACGAACGAGGCAACAAGAAGAGCCGCUUUUGCAGCAUUCGUCAUGGACAGUAUACACGCGACCAUGUUCGGGCACAGCGCAGUCAUGGUCGCCCAUGAGAUGCGCCUACCGCUGCCCUGCGAUGAGGCGCUUUGGUCCGCUACAAGCAGCUCCGAAGUCGGCCGGGUCGAGGCAAGCUUGCACGCCAACGGUAUCAAGCAGACGACUUUCCUUGACGGUCUUAAGAAGACAUUGAAUGGGCAAACCGUGAGGACCAACUCCUUUGGGCGGACCAUCCUAAUGGCCGGACUACUAAGCGUGUCUUGGCAUAUGAACCAGCGAGACCUGCAAGUUAGCUCACUCGGAGUAUCUCAAGCACUGGGUGGACGUGAUAAAUGGCGAGGCUCACUGACGCGCGCUUUCGACUUUUGGAAACAGGAUUUCGAUACCUCGCUUGCCCGACCGAGCGACCUCUCUGCACCGAAUGCGUACGGCUACUCCAACGGAAUGGACGACGAGAACGUCUUUGAGUCGCGCACUGUCCUCCACCACCUUGCCCAUAUGGCCAUGCAUGUUGAUAUAGUUGAUUGCCAGAUCUACGCUGGCGCUACCAGAUUGCUUGGAAGGUCGAUCACCCCUCAGGACUACAACGGGGCUCAACGACGGAUGAAGGAACACUGGGCACCGACGGCAAGGGCACGAGACGCAACCUUCUAUGCCCUCCGCUUCUUGUCUAACGUCAUGCUCCCAGACGAACAUGGCUCGCCUUCAACAGGCUUCAAUUACUCUGCUCGCGACGACUUCCUGCUCAACCGACCAUGGGUGUUGUAUUUCGCCACUCUUAUAGUAUGGUCGUACGGCUAUGCACUCGAUGGAGCCGUCAAGUCACCUUACGUGUUGACUAAGUACGAAGACAAAGUCACGGAUAUGGUCCGCUUCCUCCAAAGAGUGGGCGGUGUUCGCGCGCCCGAUGAUCUUGCGAAGAUGCCCGAUCGGAACGCCUGCCUUGGCCUUCUCAUCCUCAUGCGCGACAUGUUCAAGAAGACGAGGUGGGAGCUCCUGCACGAGGCGAGCAACUUGCUGACCAAGUGCAUCGAAAUGCUCGUCCCUGGCGCAGGCAGCAUGUAA